CGCUCGCGGCGUGUCAGGCGGGGCUCGGGCAGCUACAGCGGCAAGCCCGCCGGGCGAGAGAGCCGAGGGGGACGACUUGAGUCCUUAACAGACAAACCCAGAAAAAGGGCAGGGGAAAGGGUGUAACAUUCAUACCACAUGGACAGACUGUUGGCCGCCAGAAGUCAGGCUUUUAUCCGCAGAUGAUACUGAAUUUGUGUCUCAAGCCUUCUGAAGGAAAGGCAAGACCAGAACAGUAGGUUGACCAAAGCUUACGGACAAAGGAAAGGAAUUAGAACUGAGAAGAGGACACCUCUUGAUGCAAAGCCUCGGAGGUAUUGUGAUGGCAGCAUCUUGGAAUUUCAUGAGAGUAGUUCAUUAUUCCAAAACUGUUUUGUCACAGGGAGUCCAGAUAGGAGGAAUCACCAGUGAUUUGGGGCAUGCCUUGUCCAGGACUAUAACUUCAAGUUUUGUUGCCAAAACACCCACAUCAAAUACAGUGGAACUGCUUGGUAAAGCAUACCCUCGAGAUGACUACAGCAAUGUCACAGAGAAAAUUCUCUCCAAGGUGGGAAAGAACUUGCACAACCAACGAUACCACCCUUUGUGGCUGAUCAAAGAGCGAAUAAAGGAUCAUUUUUACAAGCAGUAUAUAGGACGCUUUGGGACCCCACUCUUUUCUGUUUAUGAUGAUCUGUCCCCGGUGGUUACAGUGGAGCAGAACUUUGACAGAUUGCUUAUCCCACAAGACCACCCCAGCAGGAGGAAAGGGGAAAACUACUACAUGAAUCACAUUCACAUGCUAAGAGCACAUACGUCGGCUCACCAGUGGGACUUGAUGCACUCAGGGCUGGAUGCCUUUCUAGUUGUGGGAGAUGUCUAUCGCCGCGAUACGAUUGAUAGCAGCCACUACCCAAUCUUUCACCAGAUGGAAGGAGUGCGGCUCUUCUCCAAUCAUGAGUUGUUCAGCAACAUCAAAGAUGGAGAAAGUUUACAGUUGUUUGAGCAAGGGCAUCGCACAGCACACAAGCAGGAGACACACACCAUGGAGGCAGUGCGGCUGGUGGAAUUCAAUCUAAAACAAGUGCUCACAAAGCUUGUGACUAAUCUCUUUGGUGAUGGACUGGAAAUUAGAUGGGUAGACUGCUACUUCCCGUUUACACACCCUUCCUUUGAGAUGGAGAUCAACUUCCAAGGAGAAUGGAUGGAGGUGCUGGGCUGUGGGGUCAUGGAGCAACAACUAGUUAACUCAGCUGGUGCUGAGGAGAAAAUUGGCUGGGCAUUUGGCCUGGGAUUAGAGAGGCUGGCCAUGAUCCUCUAUGAUAUCCCUGACAUCCGCCUGUUCUGGAGUGAAGACGAACGCUUCCUGAAGCAGUUUAGUGUGCCUCACAUUGACCAAAAAGUGCAUUUUCAGCCUCUCAGCAAAUAUCCUCCUGUGAUAAAUGACAUCUCCUUUUGGCUGCCCUCUGAGAAAUACUCUGAAAAUGACUUCUAUGAUUUAGUCCGAACCAUUGGAGGAGACUUGGUGGAAAAGGUUGUCCUCAUUGACAAAUUCACACAUCCCAAGACAAAGAAGGUCAGCCAUUGCUAUCGUAUCACUUACCGGCACUUGGAGAGGACUCUGACUCAGCUCGAGGUGAACCGCCUUCAUCGAGCCAUAGAGGAAUCGGCAGUACAAGAACUGGGAGUGGAGGGUAGAUUCUAAAAUCCUUGCGUUGCCUGUCACAAUCACUGUGGAUGUUUUUUUUUUUUUGUAAAGAAAGAAAGGAAUUUUGUGGCGAAGCGUAGAGUUUGGAAGCCUUUUGAUAAAUGGGCAGUGGUAGAACUUUCAGAUCAUAAAGAUUACCACUGAGAAAUUGUUGACAAAGCAUUUGUCCUUUAUUUUAAGAAAGGGAAGGGGGAGCAGUAAUGUAAGAUUUCCCUCCUGUUACAUUAAGAAAUACUCUGCCUGGUGGUUUUCUGUGUUGUUAAUUGGUCCCUGGGUUCCAUUAUAGUGUAAACACUUGGCAUUAUUUCUGUGUUGACAGGGUUUUCCGUCCACGUCAUGAGUGAAGCAAAACAGAGGCACAUUUUAGCGCUAAAUAGAAAAACUGUUCACUCUUUCUUUUCUCCCCCUUCUUAUAAAAAGGGCACAUUCUGCGUCAAGAAAAACUUUCAUGAAAUAUACCUGCAAAGUUUGGAUCUCGACCCAAGUUGAUUGCUCUUGGAUUUUGGUUUGGCCUAUUCUAAAGGAAGGGAUAGAUGUGGAGUGUGACUCUGGGUGCAAAUCAGAACUUUCCCAGAGUGCUGGGUGUUUGGAUGUGGCCUGUGGUGUGGGCCCAGCUGUACUCAGACCAAGCCAAAGAGAGCAUCUCCUC